CGAUUGAUUGCUGGUUUCCUUUUCCUCGCCACACCGGGUUGCAGAAACAGCGCAGAUAUGGCUCUUCACGUACCUAAGGCACCGGGCUUUGCCCAAAUGUUAAAGGAUGGCGCUAAGCAUUACUCUGGACUUGAAGAGGCAGUCUUCAGAAAUAUCCAAGCCUGUAAAGAACUUGCCCAGACCACACGCACAGCCUAUGGUCCAAAUGGUAUGAAUAAAAUGGUCAUCAACCACUUGGAAAAACUCUUUGUCACAAAUGAUGCAGCCACUAUUCUGCGAGAAUUGGAGCUCACACGAUCUAAGAAAUCCAACUCUGACACGCGGCCACGCUCGGCCAUUAGGGAUGGCCCCAUACACUCCAAGUCAUCCGACUAG